CACAGAUUGUCUGGAGUAUGCUGGGCAACAGGCAGUUCUGCUCCUACAAGAUGACGACCAAAACGCAGAACUUCUGCCGCAACGAGUACAACCUGACAGGGCUGUGCAACCGCUCCUCCUGCCCCCUGGCCAACAGCCAGUAUGCCACCAUCCGUGAGGAGAAAGGUCGGUGUUACCUGUACAUGAAGACGAUCGAGCGAGCGGCAUUCCCUCGGCGCCUCUGGGAGAGGGUCCUGCUAAGCAAGAACUACGAGAAGGCACUGGAGGAGAUUGAUGAGAACCUCAUCUACUGGCCAAGGUUCAUCAGGCACAAGUGCAAGCAGAGGUUCACCAAGAUCACUCAGUACCUGAUCCGCAUCCGCAAGCUGACGCUCAAGAGACAGAGGAAGCUCGUUCCGCUGCGCAGGAAGAUCGAAAGGCGUGAGAAGAGACGAGAGGAGAAAGCCCUGGUUGCUGCUCAGCUGGAUAAUGCCAUUGAGAAGGAGCUGCUGGAACGACUGAAGCAGGACACAUAUGGAGACAUCUACAACUUCCCCAUCCAUGCCUUUGACAAAGCCCUGCAGCAGCAGGAGGCAGAGAGUGAGAGUGAGUCGGAUGCAGACAAGGAAGAUGAAGAUGAAGAUGAGGAUGUGGAUAAAAGGGAGUUUGUGGAAGCAGAGGACAGUGACCUCAGCGACUUUGAGGACAUGGAUAAGUUGGAAACAAGCAGUGAAGAGGAGGAGCAGGAAGAGGAGGAAGUAGAGAAGGAAGCCUCUCACUCCAGGUCUAAAGGGAAAACUCCCCUGAAAGGACCAGCCAGAAGGAAACGUCCCUACAUUGAAAUAGAGUACGAAGAAGAAACAGAGCCAACCACCAAAAUGAAAGCAGCCUGA